GAAAGGGCUUAACCAUAAACAGCCUCAGCCCUACCCAACUGCAGAGAUCUUUGACCCCAGCCAGCUGGAUUAUUCUGCCUCCAGCAUAGCUGAAUGGGCACAGGUUGAGCCUUUCCUGCCCAGAGGGAGGGGACUGGGGAGUUAUUUUUCCCUUUGAGUUUACCAUCUUUUCACCCUUUCCAUUUCCUUUCAAAUUGGAAUGGGGGUGAUUCAGCUCGCCCCACAUGCUCCUGUGACUGGCCAGAGGGCAAUGGGUUCACCCUGAACCUGGAUGAGGGAGUGGGAGGGGAGUUCUCAGCACUAUCAGCUGGAUGGCAGCAGUGAGCUUUAGAUCAGCAGGACUAGUAGAGUCAGCUUUCCUGUCCUUGCUCCUUGGUUUGUCUCUGAGGAUGCUAGACAACCUGAGUAGUAUAAUCAGCCUGAGGCUGGGGGUGGGGACAUGGCCUGGGGCUGUCCAGGUCCCUGGAUGUCCCGCCCUGUCAGCUGGGCCUCCUGCCAGUGGCAGGCUCAGCAGGUCCUAGGGGCGUGGUGGUGCAGAGGCUGAGGGAACCCUCUGCAGUCUGAAAAGGAGCCAGAGAGCCAGCCAACCUGAAGACUAGCCAGCAGGCCCGGAGCCCCUUACACCUCACCCGUCAAAGAACUACCGCCUCCAUGAGCUCCCUGCUCUACUAUGCCCUCCCUGCCCUGGGAAGCUAUGCUGUGCUUUCUUUCUUCUUCCUCCGCCGGCCCUGGCUGCUCCAUGCUCCCCGGGAACCUGCCUUCCGAUGUCAACUCGUUGCUCACAGAGGGGGUUCUGGGGAACGGCUUGAACAUACCAUAGAGGCCAUGGAAAAUGCCACAGCCCAACGAUCAGACCUCUUUGAGUUGGACUGCCUUCUGUCCCGAGAUGGCCAAGUUGUUGUCUCCCAUGAUGAGAACCUUUUUCGACAAUGUGGCCUCAAUAAGAACGUUGGGGAUAUAGAUUUUGAGGACCUGCCUCUUUACAGAGAGAAGUUGGAAGUAUACUUCUCCCCAGGCCGGUUUGCACAAGGGUCAGACCGUAAGAUGAUUCGACUAGAAGAGAUUUUCCAGAAGUAUCCUGAAACACCUGUGUCUCUAGAAUUGAAAUCAGAAAAUGAGGAACUCAUUACUAAGAUAGUUGCCCUUGUCAAGCGCUUUGACAGAAGUGAAAUAACCAUCUGGGCUGCCGAAAAAAACUCUGUCAUGAAGAAAUGCCAUGCAGCUAAUCCAGAAAUGCCCAUCUCUUUCACCCAAAUCCGAGUUGUUUGGUUGCUGUUCCUGUAUUAUAUGGGACUGUUGCCCUUCUUCACUCUACCUGAGAGAUUCCUGCUUUGUUUCCUGCCCACCAUCAUUAACAGAACCUAUUUCCCAUUUUCCUGUUCUGCUUUGAAUAGAUUGGCAGCAGCCAUUUCUAAGAGCCUAAUCAUGCGGAAAAGUCUAAUUAGACACCUUGAAGAAAGAGGGAUACAAGUGGUAUUUUGGUGCCUUAAUGAGGAAUCCGAUUUUGAAGUAGCCUAUGGGCUGGGAGCCACUGGAGUCAUGACAGAUUACCCCACAGCCCUUCGUCACUAUCUGGACAACCAUCCUCAGCCAACUGACAGGAGCAACUAAGAUACCUCAGAGAGCUAACUGGGUCAUGGAUCUAUUUACAUUUUUUUCCUUUUUAAAAUUUUUUGUUGAAAAGAUCUUUUAAUACAUCAUUGCCAUUUCCCAGUGAUUCUCUGUCCCCACUCCAAUAGAGAGCUUCCUAGAGUGGUCAAGCAAAGUUGAUUUGUAAUCAAAUCCAUUGGCUAUGUCUGGAAAUGUAUGCCUCUUUCUGUUCCUAUUAUGUUUAACAUUUCUGUUGAGAAACAAGUAUAUUUAAAAACAUAGUUUCCUUAAGCCAUAAUUGGACACAACUUCAUUGAUUAGUUCUUUAAAUCCUUCAGAUUGUGACUAUCCUGUAUAUUUAAUUCUGCUGAUACUUCUCUGCAUCAGUUCAUGCAAGUUUUCAAGAUCUCCCUUAAAAUGUUGCCCUUCACCAACACAAUUUACUCAAUAUCUCCCUCAAUAAAUGUUUUUUUACUGA